GUUCCGCUUCCGGGUUCGGUACUGCGCAACGCCAAGAUGGCGGCGGCCGUGGUGGGAGUCUCCUUGAGGCUCAGAGUCCCCGCCCGCCUCCUCCGGGCAGACCCGCGGCUGCUGUGCCGGGGGGCCCAGACGGCGGCGGCGGCAGCGCCGCGGCUCAAGAAGUUUGCCAUCUACAGGUGGGAUCCUGAUAAGGCCGGGGACAAACCCCGCAUGCAGACCUACGAAGUGGAUCUGAAUAAAUGUGGGCCUAUGGUGCUCGAUGCUCUGAUCAAGAUUAAAAAUGAGUUGGACUCCACCCUGACCUUCCGUAGAUCAUGUCGGGAAGGCAUCUGUGGUUCCUGUGCCAUGAACAUUGCUGGGGGAAACACCCUGGCCUGUAUAAAAAAAAUUGACACGGAUCUCAACAAGGUCACUAAAAUCUACCCUCUCCCCCACAUGUAUGUGGUGAAGGACCUUGUUCCGGACAUGAGUAACUUCUAUGCACAGUACAAAUCCAUUGAGCCUUACCUGAAGAAGAAGGAUGAGUCAAAGCAGGGCAAGCAGCAAUACCUCCAGUCCAUAGAAGACCGUCAGAAACUGGACGGACUCUACGAGUGCAUCCUCUGUGCCUGCUGCAGCACCAGUUGUCCCAGUUACUGGUGGAAUGGGGACAAGUACCUGGGUCCAGCGGUUCUGAUGCAGGCCUAUCGCUGGAUGAUUGACUCCAGAGAUGACUUCACAGAGGAACGGCUGGCACAGCUCCAAGACCCGUUCUCUCUCUACCGGUGUCACACGAUCAUGAACUGCACCAGGACUUGCCCUAAGGGUUUGAACCCUGGCAAAGCAAUUGCUGAGAUCAAGAAGAUGAUGGCAACUUACAAAGAGAAGAAGGCAGCUGCUGCAUAAUGCUGUUCCCUGCCUGGGAUUGUAACACACAAACAUGAUUUUACCAGGCAGUAAUUUACACCUGAUGCAGCAAGAGAAGGUUCCAGCAGGGAGUUUGGUGUUUUUCCCAUAGGCUUGCACAUAAAAUAAAUACUGUAAAAAACAA